UAGUUUAGGUUUCGUGUCUUAAAAGCUUCUGAACACAUGCGACAAUGAGAUGCUUUUGUGUAAUGACUUUGUGGUGUUUUUCUGUAAAUCUGAGUAGGUUUAUGUUAACAAAGCGAAUGAUCUUUUGUGAAAAAUUAGGAAGAGGCAUCACGAUCAGAUAUAUGAAUGAAAGUAGUUCACUUUGGCCUUCUCGUUAAUCUUUCUUUUAAGAUCACAGUGACACUAUGAGUCUAUGACAAGAGAUUACAUCCAAGAUACCUCACCUUUGUUGAAUGCGAUAUGUGAUAAAUUAAAGAAGAGAACAUUCAUCAAGUGGCAUAGUCAUAGUUAUCUCAACCUAUGAAAGAACUGGUGAAAGCCCUAGUUCAUUAAUGGUUAUAUGUCAAUAGAUCUCAAUUUCAAAUAAAAAAUAUUACACAAGUAAAUUUGAUAAUAUUAGAGUGACAUUAUAAUUUCAGAAAAACAUAUAAACCAAACAGAUUUAUGAUUUAUCGAUUCAUAGUACAUAUGUAGUAAGCAAGUUGAACGGUUAGAUGUAAAUCUUCAAUAAUGCAUGUAAUAUUCUUGGCUGUCAAAUCAUUAGUGUAAUUCGGCCUCUAACUGUGGAUAAAAGAAGAGCUAGUUUUAAGGAUCUGAGCUUAUGUUUUUACAAUUUGGCCUCUAAAUUUGGAUUUUCCAUAUCAAUUGCAAACAUGCAACAUAACCGUAUCAUCUUUAUGGAUCUCUUUGUUCAUAUUGAUGAUUCUAUUUUGUAUCCAUAGCAUUACUCUCACUUGCAAAAUAGAGUGGAAACAGUAAGAGAUCAGAAAUCAUAGUCCGGCUCGUCAUGUCCCCUUGGCUGCAACAACUAUUUAGUGAGGAGGCUGGUCAAUAAGGUUUACGCUUUGUGAAUUAGUACAAAACCAGUAUGUUGGUUGGUAUAAUCUCAAUUUUUGGUGUGUUUUAUCUAUAUGCUCUUUUGAGCUCUUUAUGUUACAUACUCGUAAUUUCUUUUAGUUUUUUUAGUUUUUUUUAAAGAUAUUGUUUGAACUUUGUGUUUUUAUGGUUUAAAACUAAACAGUGUUAAAAAUUCAUUACUGUAAUAAUUCAUGAUUUAUACUUAAAUAUGUUGUGUUAAGAUAAUUGUUUGUUUUUUUGGGGAACAUAGAAAAAUUGUUUAACCGAAGAAAACAACUAUAGGAAACAAAAAUUGUGGUGUAUCAUAGAACGAAAUCUAGCUAAUAUAAAAUAUACAAGAAAAAUUUGUUUGUGUUAUAUACAUGGGAUAUAUCUAUGUAUAAUACAUUAAUACUUAGUAUAUGAUUUCUAGACUAAGUAGAUGGUCUUAGGUAGGACAUAAAAUAAAAUAUGAUUCAGUUAUCUUUUAAAAAAAAUAAAACAUAUAAAUAGUCAUACUUGUGUUCAAUGAUUUUCAUAUUUUUAAAAAUUUAAAAAUUUAGUUUACUAUUUUUUCCAUUACAUAAGCGUAAAACAUGUCAAAGAUGACUAAAAAUAUCAAAAAUCUUAUUAAGACAAAUAAAAGUUGAAAGUGUCUCUUUUUCUAAUUCUCCCUAAGAAUAAUUAUAUUUCCGAAAAUUCAGUUACAAAAUAUUCUAAAAAUAUUUGAAAAUCUUAUUACUUUCUUAAAACGUGUAUCUCGAUUUUCUUCUCAAAAAAUUAAAAAAUAUAUUUGGAAAUCUUAUUAGUAUGCUGCUGUGGUGGUCUCUUUAUCUCAGUUCUUGAAGAAGUUAAAGGCAUGUAUAAUGUGAAGAGUGCAUAUAGAAUGCUGUGCCUCAGCCUUGUCAGUUUCAAUAUGUUUAAGGUUAAAAAGGUUAAAAGGCCAUUCCUUUUUCAUUUUGGGAUCAGAUUGCCAAAGGAGGCUUAGGGGAGUUUGGUCUAUCAUUCUCAUAAAACUAGUUCUGCAUCUUUCGUUAGGCUGAGUAACAUUAUAUGACUCUGAGCUCUAGAUUCUGCUUUUAGGGCAAGGAACAAGGUAGGAUGAAUGAAUAAAUGUGGCAUCUUUAUGCUGAUGGUUUGUUAGAUUUGACUCGAGCUCUGUUUAGUUUUUUUUUUUUUUUUUUCUUAGGUAAAAUGUUAAAUUAUUAUAUAAAUUUUCAAUUUGUGACAGAAAUUACACAUAAAAUUUGUAGCGGAAUGCAAAAAAAAUAAACUAACCAACAAUUCUAAACUGAAAGAGUCAAACCGAAGAAUAGUAGAGCAAAGCCUAAGAGCCAGAUUAGUAACGAGUCAAGCCCAUACCAGAGUAACCGAAAGAAGUCUCGAACGAGAAUCGGGCACCGCGAGCUACCGGAGAGAAAGACGCCCUCAAACCUUGAAACAACGGUUCCUACAGCUUCCGACUACAAAUGCCUAAAACAAAUCCGGACAAAAAAACCAAGCACGAACAAACUCGAAGUUUCUUUUCUUAAAACAGUUUUGUGUCAUAAGAGUGAUUUAAUAGUUAAUACUUAAUACUAACACUGAGGAUAGGAUGUGGUUAGCUUUUGUUUUCCUACUGGUCGUGUUCUCUUCUAAAAAGCGAUGGUUUUGUUUUCUAGACGUUGGAAUUAUGCGGUUUUGUUAUUAACCGGAGUUAGGAGUAGUUAGACAGGCCGUAUUCAGCCGAUCACUAAUUGAUUUAUGUGAAUGAAUCAAGUACGUCGAAAUUUAUUAAUGUUAUGACAUCUGUGACCAAAUAUAUUCAAAACUAUAUUUAUCUAAAUAUACUAAAAAUAUAUACAAGUGAAAGUCUAACAAAAACAAAAACAGAAUGUUGAGGUCUACUCCAAACAACGAAAUUAAAACUAAAUCCUUUUUGAAUCAAAAACAAUUCACCAUGUCAAUCCACGGAUCAUACACGGAUUUCAAAUCAUUGAUAAUACACUACAGCAUGAUAUAAGCCUUUAUUUUGUUAAACGCCUUCUCUCUCUUUUAAAAAGAAAAAAAAAAUGUUCAAGUUGUCUCUUCUAUUUCUCAAACAACGUGAUAUUAAAUCACUUUGAAUAAAUCACAUCUUAUACUUAUAAGAUAAUAUAAAACUCAAAAAGAUUGAACAAACAUUUUCAAACUGAUAAGCAUUUGAAUAAAAUUCUGUUUCUAUAACCUGAACUAGCGGAAAACUUUUUGAAGAUGACGAUGAUGUUACGAGACAGUGUACAUUCCGUGUGUAUCUAUAGAUAGUUUUUGUGUAUUCUUGAAGGACAAGAAACCUAUUUUAAGACCAGUUCAACAGAAAGCUGGUGCAGACCACGAUCACAGUUGUAAUAAAUUUUCUAAAAUGGCAACCACUCCUUUUCUUUAAGAACCAGUCUUUCUUCCUUUCUCUUCCUCUAUAAACCCAUUUUUGUUCUCAUUCAUUUUCUCUUCAAAGCUUCUAUAACUAAUAAACCAUAUUAAAUAUGGAUCAAGCAGAGCUUUCCCGGAUAUUCCAAAUGUUCGACAGGAACGGUGACGGCAAAAUCACCAAGCAAGAGCUGAAUGAUUCAUUAGAGAACGUUGGAAUCUACAUGCCUGACAAAGAUUUGGUGCAGAUGAUUGAGAAGAUUGAUCUCAACGGCGAUGGGUACGUGGACAUCGAAGAGUUUGGAGGGUUGUACGAGACCAUCAUGGAGGAGAGAGACGAGGAGGAAGAUAUGAGAGAGGCUUUCAAUGUGUUUGAUCAGAACCGAGACGGGUUCAUCACGGUCGAGGAGCUGAAAUCUGUGUUAGCUUCCUUGGGGCUCAAGCAAGGCAGAACACUAGAGGAUUGUAAGAAGAUGAUAGGGAAAGUGGAUGCUGAUGGAGAUGGGAUGGUGAAUUAUAAAGAGUUUAAACAAAUGAUGAAAGGUGGUGGAUUUGCCGCCUUAGAAUCAAACUUGUAAACAAAGAAAGAAAAAACCCAUUUUAGGGUUAGGGUUUGUGACUCGAUAUCAUUGUUUUUUCUUCAGAAUGAUUAGGGCAAAACCUUGAAAGAAAAAUUACAAAUUGAUUUGCAAAGAAAAAACUCGAAAAAAAUCUUUGUGAGCUUCGUUUUGAAUGCUCCUCUACAAAAUAUUGGUGAUGAAUUUGCUAUCUCUUUAUAAGAUCAUGCCAUGCAAUUUGAGUCCUUACUAUUUGGUUUUAAGUGUUUUAGUCAUUGUGCUGUGGAGUGUAGAGGAUGCAUUUUACAUACAUCGACUUCGUUUUUUGUUGUGGUCUACUUCCUCACCACUUCCCUUCCUUUUCCCAUUCCUAACUUCAGUUUUAGUCUUUCAGAGAUCAUCACUUCCUCUCUCGCUUAUACUUUGAUUAAGGUCAAUGCAAUUGCUAUUCUCUUGCUACUUAAAUAAGGUUUAGAAAUGCAUAGUUUAGAGUUUCUCUUCUCAUUAGUCAAUUCUCAAGGACCUGCUAUCUUUCAAGCAUAUACUGCAUUUGAUAACCUUUAAAAAUCUUGGACCGCCAGAACCACAUCAAGAACCGGUUCUGAAAUUUAUGCAGCAUAAACAAUAUAGAGUAAAUUUUAAUAAAAGUUUAUUUUAUAAUUUGGAAGCCAUACAACCAUGUAUAUCAGCUCACUAAAAUUUGAAGGUCAAAGCUAAUGUUUCACUAGGAUUUGUCAAGGACCGGACCAACCCUAUAAAAUGAAAAUGAGUUCUCUCUCUUUAUCAUUUUGACGACACAUGUUUUCCUGAACUCAUGAACUGAGCUUUUAUAGUCUUGUACAAACGAUAUUUUCAGGAUGAGAAAGACACAAAGAUUCAAGAGCUUAACAGCAGCUUGAUAAUGAUAUGGUCCUAAAGGAGAUGGAAGAAUACUCCAAUCAUUUCUCCAUUAAUAUCAAUAAUGUUAUCCAUAAAGUUGAAGAAAUAAAGUCCAAUAGUUUCACUAAACCCCUCAGCUGAAUAAAACAACAAAAAAUACACACAGCUUCGCUUGUGUUCAUAAAACAAAGAAAUAUAGAGAAACUGUUUUAACCAGAAAACAAACAAAAAAAAAGAUUUAAAGACAAUGAUAAAUUACAUUGGCCAA